GCUCGCCAAACACAUUCUGCCCGUCCCCACGGACCUGACUUCGCUCCGCACGGCGAAGGAUGGCUGUGCCGGAGCUGUGAGCACAGCGCAGCCCUGCACCGGCCCAUGGACCUGAAACCCUCUCUGACCACUGCAUCGCCCGGCAGUGUGCCUCCCAGCCUCCAUGCCUCUGCACCCCGCAACAUCUUCGGUUCCCGACCCCUGAGGCCUAAAGAAAACGUGCUCUGCACCAGCUUCAAGCCCUACAGCCCAGAGUCCAGCCCAGCCCCGGCCCCCUGCACGGCCUGUGAGAGCACACGAUCCUCCAUGUUCAGAGCUCCCUGCAUGAGCCAGCGACGGCUUGCACUCAUCUUCUGCGUCUCCAUCCUCAUCGUGCUGCUCAUCGCCCUCAUCCUCCUGUUUAUGUUCUGGCGGUCACAGACGGGCAUCGUGUACAAGGAACCUGCCGAGAGCUGCAAGGACAACCCCGUGCGCUGCGACGGCGUCGUCGACUGCUCCCAAAGGAGCGAUGAGCUGGGCUGUGUGCGCUUUGCAUCCGAAGAGUCCUUGCUCCAAGUGUACUCCAGCUCGGAGAGCCAGUGGCUGCCGGUGUGCAGCAGUGCCUGGGACGAUUCCUUCUCCAGAAAGACCUGCCAGCAGCUGGGAUUUCAGAAUGCCUCGCAGACUGAAUACAUUCCCCUGCACAUCUCUGGCAAGAGCCUCACGGUGACCAACGAGCAUGAGACCAUCCAGCAGAGCCUCAACAGCUCACAGUGUCUCACGGGAAAGUUCGUCUCCCUGCGAUGCACAAGUAAGGGGCUGGCUGGCAGGGCAAUGGCCAAGGCCUGUGGACAGAGGAUUUCUGGCCGCAUCAUUGGAGGAAAGGAGACCUCUGUGAGCAAAUGGCCCUGGCAAGUCAGCGUGCAGUACGGGCCCGUCCACAUCUGCGGUGGCACCAUCAUCGACGCACAGUGGGUCCUCACUGCAGCCCACUGCUUCUUCAUGAACAGCAUGAAGAUCCUCGAUGACUGGAAGGUGUACGGUGGGGUCUCAGACCUCAAGCAGCAAGCAGAGGCCAUCCCCGUCUCCCAAGUCAUCAUCAACUCCAACUACAGUGAUGAUCACGAUGACUACGACAUCGCUCUCAUGAAGCUCUCCAGGCCGCUGACACUCUCAGCUCAGGUUCGCCCAGCCUGCCUCCCCAUGUACGGCCAGCGAUUCCAGACCGGCAGGUCCUGCUUCAUCACUGGCUUCGGGAAGACCAGGGAGAACGAAGAUAACACAUCCCCGAAGCUGCGGGAGGCCGAGGUGAAGCUGAUCGACUACAAGAUCUGCAACAGCGACAAGGUGUACGAGGGGUACCUGACCCCACGGAUGAUGUGUGCCGGGUACCUGCAGGGAGGGAAGGAUGCGUGCCAGGGUGACAGUGGAGGACCCCUGGUCUGCGAGGACAACGGCCGCUGGUAUGUGGCUGGGGUGACGAGCUGGGGAACAGGAUGUGGCCAGAAGAACAAGCCCGGCGUCUACACACGUGUGACAAAGCUCCUCAACUGGAUACACAGCAAAAUGGAGAGCGAGAAUGACUAACGCCGGGAUGGACGCUUGCCUGGGCUGUGCUCUCGGGCCAGCACAAGCCCCUGCCCUUGGCUGCUCCUAGGGCACGAUGCUACCAGCAGAUCCCCCCACCUCUCUCUGGACUGUGCCUGCAGCCAGGGCCCUGCUGCUGUGCCCAGUCUCUGCACAUACAGCACCUGCAAAGUGACUCUGCCCUCGAGCCGUGCAAGGGGGCUGGUGGCAAAGCACGCACCCAACCCUGGUCCCGCAACGGCUUUCUGGUGCUUCUCAUGUAAAUAGAUGUGUCCGGACUGGGG